AUGAACGUCAUCAGCCUGGCACUGUUGCUGUGCAAAGAAAUCUGGAAAAAUCCCGAGGCUGCAUCGAGGCUGGAGAACACCAUUGCUCUGCUCAGCUUGGCUAUGGUCUCCUCUGGUGUAGGCUCUGUCUUGAGAGUGCCAUGCUCUCCAAAUGCAUUAUGGACCUCCUCGACUCGCUUCACAAGGCCCAUCUCUGCUGCAUUGGAACAGCUGAUAAGUAAAAAGAGAGAGCGAGAGAGAGAGGUAGAGACAAAAGGAAAAGUAAAAUCUGUCAUCACCGGCCUUGCCAAGGUCCUGGUGCUCCUUCUCCUCCUAUAUCUCUUUGUCUGCUCUCUGGACGUUCUCAGCUCUGCCUUCCAACUGGUUGGAGGCAGGGUAGCAGGCGAUAUCAUCCAGGACAAUGCUAUCCUGUCCAACCCAGUGGCAGGGCUGGUUGUGGGUAUACUGGUGACAGUGUUGGUCCAGAGCUCCUCCACUUCCACCUCUAUCGUAGUUAGCCUCGUCUCCUCUGGGUUGCUCGAUGUGCGGUCAGCAGUUCCUAUCAUCAUGGGCUCCAACAUUGGAACAUCGGUCACCAAUACCAUCGUCGCUCUCAUACAAGCUGGAGAAAGAGAUGAGUUUGAGCGGGCGUUUGCUGGGGCGACGGUCCACGACUGUUUUAAUUGGCUGUCGGUGUUGGUGCUCCUCCCCCUGGAGGUCAUAAGUGGUCUGCUGAGGCGUCUGUCUCAGGCUGCUGUUGAAGCCCUCCAGCUUAAAACAGGGGAAGAGGCCCCAGAGCUUCUUAAAGUCAUCACACAGCCACUCACCGAAAUGAUCAUACAGCUUGACCAGUCAAUCAUCACAGCCAUCGCUGCAGGAGAGAACAUGAGAAACAGGAGCCUGGUGAAACAGUGGUGUCGAACGCCAACCAUCAUGAACCAGACUAAUGCAGCAUUUUGGAACACAAGCAACCUCUCCAUCUCAGGAAACUUAAAAAAAUGUAGCCAUCUAUUUGUGGAUAGUUCUCUCUCAGACUUGGCCAUAGGUCUGACCCUGCUGGCUUGCUCCCUCCUGGUGUUAUGUAGCUGUCUGAUACUGCUGGUUAAAGUGCUCAACUCGCUGCUAAAGGGCCAGGUGGCUGGCGCCAUAAAUACAGUGAUCAAUACAGAUUUCCCCUUUCCGUUUAGCUGGCUGACAGGUUAUCUGGCUCUAAUGGUUGGAGCAGCCAUGACCUUUGUGGUUCAGAGCAGUUCAGUCUUCACCUCUGCUAUUACUCCUCUUGUUGGUAUGGGUGUGAUCAGCAUACAGAGGGCUUAUCCGCUUACCCUGGGCUCCAACCUGGGAACCACCACCACCGCUAUACUGGCAGCCCUGGCAAGUCCGGGGGAUAAACUGGUGCUUGCUGUACAGGUUGCCCUGUGUCAUUUUUUGUUCAACGUGCUUGGCAUCCUGCUGUGGUAUCCUGUCCCAGUGCUCCGCGUGCCCAUCCAUAUGGCCUGUGCCCUCGGCAGAUGCACUGCCAGGUACCGCUGGUUCGCGGUGCUCUACCUCCUACUUUGCUUCCUUCUCCUCCCAUCCCUUGUGUUUGGCCUCUCCAUGGCCGGCUGGAGGGUGCUGACAGGGGUCAGUAUACCAGUUGUGUUGGUUAUCGUCUUUCUCAUUAUGGUCAACACGCUCCAGGCGUGGAGGCCUAACUACCUGCCAGUGAGACUGCGGCGCUGGGACUUCCUUCCCUUCUGGAUGACCUCACUGCAACCCCUUGAUGAUCUCAUUACCAAAGCAACACUGAGGUGCUGUUGGGGAAAAGCUAGGACUGAAGAGGCUACUGCUGGGCUGAUAACAACACAAGCAGACAUUACUUCAGCGCCUGGGGCAGAGGGCGGAGCGGAGAGGAGGCAAAUUGGUGGUGAAGAGGACAUAGAUAAGUGCUGUCCAGACAACAUGACUGCCCUGAGUUUAAUUGAGGAAAAGGACCCAAACAACAUGGCAGCCUCUGCUUGUCCGGAAAACCACAUUGCUAAAUUUGCUGCACCAUGCAUCACAGAAAACAACACUAACUCUAACUCUUUUGAGAUGGGUCACAGUGCUGGUUCCUCCAUAUUGGAAAGUUGA